GGUAAAUAAAUACUGAAGCAAAUUAAAACAGAAAUAUCCAUUUAUUCAAUUUAAUUCAGUUUUAUUUGUAUAGCGCCAAUUCAUAACAGAAGUUAUCUCAGGACACUUUUCAAAUAGAGCAGGUCUAGACCGAACUCUUUAAAACAUUAAUUACAGAGACCCAACAGUACCACCAUGAGCAAGACCUUGGCGACAGCGGCAAGGAAAAACUGCCUUUUAAGAGGCAGAAACCUAGGACAGUCCCCGACUCUAGGUGGGUGGUCGUCUGCCUCAACCAGAUGUGGUGAGAGAGAGAGAGAGAGAGAGAGAGAGAGACAGAGAGACAGACAGUUGGGGAGUUUAAAGGCAUUCACUCACAGCAUGGUAAGAGGAAGCAAUGUGACAGAAAUGAUUGGAGAGACUGGACUGCAGGACUAAAGCUUGUUUCAAUCAAUGAAGAAGGAGCCGGUUUUUCAUCUGCUAUUGGCCUCGGCAACCUUCAAAUAAAAGAAAGAAAAUAAAGAAAGCUGAAUCUUGGUCACUGAGUGACUUCCAGUUAUAAUCUUCCAAAGCAAGAUGCCUUUUCAAGUGGGGGUAACUGCAUGUCAAACCUCUCAAAAGUGAGGGCAACUUGACAGUGAAAAACCACUGCUGUGAAGACUAGAGCAGAGAAUCCUGAACAGCAACUGGCCAGGCCUGGAAGUCCAGAGGCCUGGUAACACACUGAACUUCACCUUACUCAAUCCUGCUGGAAAAGAAGAUGGCUGACUCAAAGUUACAGGAGCAGUUUAAAGCCAAUAGGAGAUCUGUGAAGCGACAAUUUUCCAUACUGGCCAACAACGUUGUCCGGAUGCACGCCAUAAUGGCUGAAGAGGAACUCAUAGACAGUUUCAAAAAGCUCAUAAUAGAGGCCAACAAAGUCAUGGAAGCCAAUGAUGAUGUGGAGGCUCAGUACCUUGCAGAGGCAGAGCUGGAUGCAGAUCCUGAAGUAGUUCUUGGGUUGAGCGAGCAGCAAAAGGCCAAUAUUGGGAAAACUGCAAGUGAGUGUGAGAUGAAGCUGAAAGAGCUGAAGGACCUCAUCCAAAAGACACUCUGGGACAACUUUGGAGAGGAGGAACUGAUGAUGGUGGUAAAGGCUGCAGAGGAGAAGGUCGAGAGUGUGACGUCCUUUGAACCUGGCGGAAAUAAAGAGGCCUUUGACUUCAUGUUCGACUACAUGGAAAGACCGGUUAAGAGGGCAAAAGAGCUGCACACACAGUGGAAGUGUUGGGCCCCUCCUGCUGAGCAGACAGACUUCCAGCUGCGUGAACGAGGGCUUGAGCAGAGCAUUCCCAAGUUAAUGUCAAGGAAAGCAGAGUUUAUUCAAGCAAAAGCUGAAGACACCGAAAGAGUUGGGAGCGGAGCUUCCAUCAGCUACCCGUCAUCAGCUAUUAGACUGAAGCCAACCUCCCUCCCCAAGUUUACUGGCAUCAGGUGAGACUUUUUAUCGCUGGAAAAGAGACUUGGAGGCCCUUCAGAGGCAAGGAGAACCCACUGGGUCAAAAGAAGUCAAAGUUCCAGCUUCUUGACAGUUUGGAUGAAAAAAUAAUGAGAAAUCUUCGAUUGAUGACCUACAAAACAGCAGACGACAUCUUUCAGGUCCUGGAGAACUGGUUUGGAAACCAAACUGCGAUUGCUAUAGAAAUAGUUGCGGAGCUCUAGAGACUUCCAGUUGUCAAAGGUCGCCAGCCCAGGAAAACUGUUGAGCUCAUCCAAGCUGUUGAGAAAGCCCUUGAAGACCCGAGUGACCUUGGUGAUACUGGCGCCUUAAAGAACCCUGUGGUGACAAAGUCAUUUGAAAGCAAGCUUUCUGAUGCACUGAAGAGUGACUUCUCUAUGCAUCUAUGAGCAGCUGGACCAAUUGAGGGAUGAAGAGCCGCCAAGGAAGGAAAUCCGACCUGAGCAAAGGCAAGCCAGAACCAGAGCCUUGAACAGAGUCAAGUAGCCAUCUUUUAGGGUGUGUCGUCUGUGGGGACAUCAAGCAUAAGAAAAGGUUGUACUUCUGCAAAAAGUUCCAUGUGCUUAAGCUCAGAGAAGAAGGAUGCAGUGCAAAAACUGGGAGCCUGCUGGAAAUGUCUGGAUGUCCAUGAUGAUGAUAAUCUCUGCAAAACUUAAUUCCUGUGCAAAGAUCCACAGUGUGAGGACAAGAGAGCCACAGACCACCAUUACUAUCUGUGUCCUAAUGCUGAAGCAUCCAGAGGCAGUACGGCCCAGAGGAAGAGCAAAGGCAGCACAGUGGGAGGUGGCAACAAGAGGAAUUACACCGAGGCACAGGAACAAUUCUUCAGAAAGCUCUCACCUGAAUUAGCCCAACAAUGCCGGGACACAUUCUGCAACACAGUGUUGAGGACUUCCAUGUCGCAAAGCGUCACUCAAGUCUUCUAGCAGAGAGCGGCCUGGCAGGGUGGCCUGUCAUCAUGAUGCUUUUGGAGGUAACAGCCAAUGCUGGGCAGAAAAUUAGGACACUGAUCGACCUAGCUUCUGACACUAAUUAUAUCACCCAUGAGGCAGCAGGUCAGCUCAGUCUCAGAAGUGAAGACAUCACGCUUGUCGUCCAUGGUGUAGGAGGCAUGAAAAUCUUUGUCAAAACAAAGAGGUACCUCCUGAAGAUCCGUAUCACUACCUCAGGAGGCACUUUCAACUCCCACCAGCUGGUUUGCUACGGCCUAGACAGCAUCGCAUCCGCAGACAUCCCCAGACAUGUGUCAGCCAAAAAACUGCAAGAGUUCUUCCUAGGCGUCCCGCUCAGUGACCUGGUUAGCCCAAGAGAAAUCCACCUCCUUGUAAGUCACAAGGAGGGUUGGCUGGCUCCGCAGAAAAUCCGCUCAGUGGGGGACCUCGUGCUGUGGGACGGACCAAUGGGAAAGACAGUUGCUGGCACCCAUCCUGAGCUGUUUGAGAAGGUCACUGUAGCAGCCCACACGUCGAGAACGCACUUUGCGAGGUUGCUGCUGCGAGAUAUGAAGAACACACCUGCAUAGUCCCCAUUCAUUCUCCACAGAGCCAGCAAGCUCCAAUUGCUGUCCAACCUCAGCAAUCCAGUUGUGCAGCUACUACUGCCAACUUCCUCAAGUGGUGGAAAUGGGACAGCAUUGCUGCUGGCUGCAUCCCAGGAUAUGGGGGCUGUCGGUCUAGGGGUAUGAUUCUUGCUUUGGGUGUGAGAGGUCCUGGGUUCAAAUCCCAGACAAGCCCCCAUUUUGUCACAACCUGGCUCAAAAGAGUGUGACAAAGAGGGAGACCACACAGUCUGGGAGUUAACAGAAUUUAAUUAAGUAAAUAACAAAAUAAUAAAUACAGUUUAAUAUGUCUAUCAGUAAA